AGCAGCGUUCGCUUUGAGCUGAGUGUUCGCGUGUCAACAAACCGCUCCGUCAAAUUUUGAUGUCAGGUGCAAGCUUGUCCCAAGCACACAACAAGAACAAACCAUCACCGAACACUAGUAAUACUACUACAAUUCACCUCGAAUGAAGGACCUGAGCAACAGCAUCGCCGCAAACAAACCAUCCAUCACCCCUCUCUGCCACAAAGACAGCUCUUUUGCAGGACUUGCAACUCUUGACGAACUGCGCAGCAAAGCCAGAGACAUGUUUCAUCUACCUCCCAUGGAUAAAAAGCAGAGCGUCCUCGACGAGCUCUUCCAGUUCUCCUCGUCUGUGGACUAUUGUGACAAUGAGCACCAGGUAGAAGUUCUUCGUCACCACUACAUCAAUGAAUUUGGAAGCAGUGAUACAGAUUCCUCCACCACAGAGGAGGAAGUUCUGAAGGAUUACCUUGACGACUCGGUGAUUCACAAGGUGGUAGAUGAUUUGCCGUCUACCUAUCGAGGAAAAAGUGGAGCUGUCCAUGCGUGGCAUGAUCUCGCCGCCGUCAUGAAGGGCCCAUGCACCUUCGACCUAACCCAUGUUUCCGUAUGCCGCAACCACGCUCAAGUAAAUUGGAAAGCCGAAUGCUCGAAACCUAAUCGCAGAACAAUCUUUGGAACGGACUCAUUCACUUUUGACGAUUCGAAUCACAUCAAAAUGCAGACCACGGUUGCCUUGUCCAACCAGGAAACCUAGAGAAUGAAAUCGCCCUGAUCUCUUUUCAGCUACCGGUACAAUCCCAAGCCAAAUCAGUAAUGAAUACUGGCAGCAUACUGAUUCUAUCCUAUGGCGCCGUUAGUAGACUAGCCAUACCUACUAAAUCGCUAUUGUACUACUAGCUACUAGUAGAGCGUAACCGAUCCAAGCACUAGAGGAAAGCUAGUAGUCUAGCUACCGGUAUUACAUGUAGUCUAGUUCUUGCUGUCC